CGUGACCACCACUGUUCCCUGCUCAGUUUCUUGUCCCCGAGAGUCAGAGUAAGUACUUUCCAGGGACUCCCGUGAAGUGCACCAGCAGCGUGCUUCCGGGUGUUGAAGGUACAAUUAAUCUGUGAGGUUGCCUCUUUCUAAGCAAGUGACAAGUUGCGGGCAGACAAGCCCUCAAGGCGGGUUCCAGGAGUCUCUCACCUCCCACCUGUGCCUGCCAUGGAGCUCCUGAAGGCACUGCUGCUCCUGUCUGGAGUCCUCGGGGCUCUUGCUGAAUUCUGUGUAAUACCAAAGAUGGACGGCCAGCUGGUAGAGAAGCUGGGCCAGCGUCUCUUACCUUGGAUGGAUCAGCUUUCCUCAGAGCAGUUGAACCCCAGCAUCUACGUCGGCCUGCGGCUUUCCAGCAUGCAGGCUGGGACCAAGGAGAACCUCUACCUUCACAACAUCAAACUCCAUUACCAGCAGUGCCUCCUGCGGUCCACCUCCAGUGAUGCUAACAGUAGUUGCCAGACUAAGAUUUCUGGGGGCAGCUUGGCCCUCUACCUGCUUGCUCUCAGGGCCAACUGUGAGCUCCUGGGGAGCCGAAAGGGUGACAGGAUGGUCUCACAGCUCAAGUGGUUCUUGGAGGAUGAGAAGAAGGCCAUUGGGCACCAUCAUGAAGGCCACCCCCACACCAGCUAUUACCAGUAUGGCCUCAGUAUCCUGGCUCUGUGUGUCCACCGGAAGCGGGUCCAUGACAGUGUGGUGGGCAAGCUCCUGUAUGCUGUUGAACAUGACUACUUUACCUACCAGGGCCACCUCUCUGUGGACACAGAAGCCAUGGCCGGCUUGGCCUUCACUUGUUUGGAACGAUUCAAUUUCAACUCUGACCUGAGACCACGGAUCACCACGGCCAUCGAGACAGUGCGAGAGAAGAUCCUGAAGGCCCAGGCCCCUGAGGGCUACUUUGGAAAUAUCUAUAGCACUCCGCUGGCACUACAGAUGCUAAUGACCUCUCCUGGGGUAGGGCUGGGCCCAGCUUGCCUCAAGGCAAGGAAAUCCCUGCUGCUCAGCCUACAGGAUGGAGCCUUCCAGAAUCCUAUGAUGAUUUCCCAGCUGCUACCCGUCCUGAACCACAAGACCUACUUGAAUCUUAUCUCCCCAGACUGCCAGGCACCCAGGGUCAUGUUGGUGCCCGCCACUGAGGACCCUGUCCACUUGUCAGAAGUCAUCAGCGUCACGCUGAAGGUCUCCAGUGUCUUGCCACCAUACGAACGAACAGUUUCCGUCUUUGCUGGGGCCUCCUUGGAAGAUGUCCUGAAGAGGGCGCAAGACCUUGGAGAAUUCACGUAUGGGACCCAAGCCUCCUUGUCAGGUCCCUACCUGACAUCCGUACUAGGGAAAGAAGCUGGGGAUCGAGAAUACUGGCAGCUUCUCCGAGUCCCUGAUACCCCUCUGCUGCAAGGCAUUGCUGACUACAAACCCAAGAACGGGGAAACCAUCGAAUUGCGGCUAGUUAGAUGGUAGCCCUAGGCUCCCUCCUGAUGCCUUCGGACCCUGCUGCCACCUCAAGUGCGCUUGGAACAAUGUCCCCCAGAUCACCUCAGCUAACUUCCCAAAGAGGACCUAAGCCACUGUCCACCUUAGAGCAGGAAGGAAAACACCUCCUCCCUUAGGGAGGCUGCUAGCUUGAGUGUGGCCCCGCCUGACUCCACAGGUCUUUCAUGAAGAUUGCCCCUAAGUCUGAGGAACAGGCUGCCCUCAUCUCCCUCUACAUAAAGGAGUCCGUUGGCCAUGGGUGCUGUGAGUACCAUUGCUCUGGGACUGUUGGGUUAGGACUGGGGUCCUACAAGAAGGACCUCCAUGGCCCAGGGGCUGUGGUUCUGACCCGCACACCCUCCCCCUGCUCUCUCUCAGGGUGGUGGUCCCAAAGCUGGUCGUGAGGCAGCCUUUGGCCCUCAACAGGGUCUUCCAACACAAUUAAAGCCUUGAUUUACCUUA